AGAAAGCCACAUGCCCAGUGCGGUUGGCACCAAUACGCCCAUUUGUUCCCCAAGAGAAAGCCAUGGGCCCAGUGCUGUUGGCAUCACUACUGUGACCAGUUCUCAAAGGCAAUGGCACGUCCCAAAUGCUGGCAGCAUGACUGUAUUUAGAUCCGAAAGGGAAAUCCUCAUGCUCAAAGCUGGAAGCACUGUUGGGUUUAGAUCUGGAAGAGAAGUCAUUGUGCCUACCGUUGAGAGCACCAGUGUAAGUGAAUUUGCACGAGGGAGUGGCACGUCUGUCCCUGGAUCCCCAAGCGAAAGCUGCUGGCAAUGUGCCGGUGGAAGCCUGAUGGCCCUUGGUGAGGCUGCUGGUAGCUCUGCAGCUAGAUCACUAGGAGAAAGCUGCAUGACGCAAGCCAGCGGCACCGAUGUGAGUGAAUCCCAAGGAGACGGGGGCAUGCUGGGUGCCUUUAGCACCAGCAUAACUGCACCCCAGAGGCAGACCAGUCCCUUCGCUGUGAGCAGAUCUGAAACCGACGGCAGCCUGCCAGGUCUGGGCGGCGCGGCCACAGCUGGGUCAGAAAUGGAAAAUAGCGCGCCAAGCACUGAGGGGGCCGUUUUAGCUGCACCCGGGACAAAGAACACAUCUAAGGCUGCUGGCGAACCUGGAAAUAGCACCCAAGCAGAAAGUGGCAAUCCAGAGCCUUUAGCUGGAGUGCAGCUGUCGGCCUCCCAGGCUCAGGUCAGGGGAGAGGGGGAUGAACCAGCUCGGAACUCCGAGGGAUCUGUCCAAGAGCCAAACAUUUCAUCUGAAGAGACCAAGGCCUCCCCUGAAGCCUUGAGCCACGCCCAGCCCACGGGGAGUCACCAGGAGAUGACAGAGGAGGACCCCGACCUGUCUGUGGACAUGGAACUUUUGGUGGACACCCUCCGCAACAUGGAGCCCUCCGAAAUCCGAAAGCCUCCCAAGAUCUCCCGGCUGCCACGCUGUUCCUCGCGUGGAAAAUACGCCACCCUGCCGCCCAUUGAUGAGUAUCACGUCGCUCCCAAGUCCCAGGUUCCCCUCCCGGAGGCCCUCAGCGAGCUCUUUGGUCGGACAGAAUGGAAGCAGCUGGAGAAGAAUGGACCGAAACAGGAGAACGUGGAUCCCUUCGGGGAGGAGGAAGAGGAGAUAGAGAACCCGUAUCUCAGUAAGGAUGAGAAGCCACAGGCCAAAGAGGAGCCCAGGAAAGUUUACCCCUGGGAAAAUAUGUCAACUGAAAUAGAAGAGAAGACGCUGUCUCUCCUGGGGAAGUUGAGGCAGCCCCCAGGGGAUGAGAAGGCUUCCAGGAAUCAGAGCAUCCUUUUCAACGCUAACAUCCUCAAAGGCACCUCCCUGCUGAAAAAGCUCCAGGAGCAGAAGGCAGUACCCACAGAAGACAAGCCCUACUCCCGCUUGGACAGCAGCCUCCUCUACAGACGGUACAUCUCCUCCGUGACGCCCCCACUCAAAGCUCUGGAGAAGGAGCGAGAAGGAAGGAGCUCACCCACGCCAAUUGACCCGGCUCUGCUAAAUGCCAGCGGGCAGAGCUGGACGCCACCCAAUGGACCACAGUUGAAACCCUGCGAACAGCUGACCUCUGAGCCUUCCCCCGCUGGACUCCAGGAGAUGACAAGAAUCCUCCCUCUGGACCCUCAGAAGGCACCAGGCACAGACAAAAACACUGGCCAGAUUCCUCUGCUCUUCAUGGAGGCUGAGCAGAAAAAUACUCCUACUCCGUUGCUGGGUCACCCUGCAGUUGGGGUGAGUAAAUCCACACUACGCAGUCAGAUCAUUCUGUUCUCCGAGUCGGGCUUCGUGGGCCAGAAGAGGGAGAUCUGGGGCGACAUCGCCGAUGCUACGUCCUGGGAGCUCUCCCACACCAUCUCCAUCCAGGUGGUCCGAGGGGGCUGGGUGAUGUACGAGAAGCCGCGGUUCCAUGGGCGGAAGUGUGUGCUGGCCGAGGGGGAUGUGGAGAUCAACAAUCCAUGGACAGCCUACGGGAAAGACGGGGAGGCGCCUGAGAACACGCCCUUCCGCAUCGGCUCCUUCAAGAGGGUGGUGAGGGAUUACCGGAUCCCUGAGAUCAGUUUGUUUACUGAGGAGAAUGGAGAAGGCACAAAAGUGAAGUUCACGGGUUCCUCAGAAGACACUCGGGUCCUUGGCAAGCCCUUGAAGGCCUCUUCCAUCAUUGUCCACUCUGGCCUGUGGCUCAUUUACUCCAAACCUUUCUUUGAUGACGACCCCUAUGUUUUGGAGCCUGGCGGGUAUCCCAAUUUAAAAGCCUGGGGUGCGAAGGACCCUUCCGUCUGCUCUAUGCAUCCUAUUAAACUGGGCUGCCCUGCUGUAGAAAAACCUGGAGAGCCCAAGGCAGUGAUCUACGAGAAGGCAUGUUUCCAGGGCCACAGCUGCGAAGUGAACCGAGACAUCUAUGCUCUGAAGAAAGAGGAGAACAGCCAGGGCCCUGUGAUGUCCACGGUGGGGUCUCUGCGCAUCCUGGGGGGCUGCUGGGUCGGCUACGAGAAGGAGGGGUUCCGGGGCCACCAGUAUCUGCUGGAGGAAGGCGAAUACCACGAUUGGACGCAGUGGGGAGGCUACAGCGACAAGUUGGUGUCCUUACGGCUGAUCCGGACGGACUUCUCGGACCCGGCGCUGGUGCUCUUCGAGGCCAUGGACUUCCAGGAUGGGCCCAGUGUGGAGCUAAGCGAAGCGCUGCCCGACGUGGAGCUGGCCGGCUAUGGAAUCACAACCCAGUCCAUCCAUGUGCUGAGUGGAGUGUGGGUGGCCUACGAGAACACGAACUUCUCAGGCGAGCAGUACAUCCUGGAGAAAGGAGUGUAUCGGAACUGCGAGGACUGGGGAGCCAGUGCCGGCUGGAUCGCCUCUGUGCAACCUGUCCUCCAGGUCGGGGAGCACAGUCUGCGUCUUGUCUCCAGGAUCCAGCUGUUCUCAGAUCCCGAUUACCUGGGUGAUCACAUCUCCUUUGAGGAUGAUCAGGUGUCCCUGCCGGAGGCCUUCGCUCCCCAGUCCUGCAGGGUCCAUGGAGGCAGCUGGAUUCUCUACGAUGCCUGGGAGUUCAAGGGGGAACAGCACGUUCUAUCGGAGGGUGAGUAUCCGACGCUCACCGCCAUGGGCUGCGUCUCAUCCACGGCCAUCCAGUCGCUGCAGAAGGUCCCAAUUUUUUUCUCGGAGCCCUCGAUCUUCCUGCAUGGGCUGGAGUGUUUCGAAGGGAAGGAGAUAGAGCUGACCAGCGAGGUGCGGAGCCUGCAGGCUGAGGGCUUCAAUAACCACGUGCUGUCUGUGCGCGUGAAAGGCGGGAUAUGGGUGCUGUGUGAACACAGCAACUUCCGAGGCCGCCAGUGGCUGCUGGACUGUACGGAGAUCACCAACUGGCUGACCUACAGUGGGCUUCAGCACGUAGGCUCUCUCUACCCCAUCAGGCAGAGACGGAUCUACUUCCGGAUAAAAAACGCGGAGCUGCAGUUCUUCCUCUCUGUCCCAGACGACGUUGAGGACAUGAAAGCAGGACGCGUGGUGGUCUCGGACCUGAGUGACCAGAGCAGCUCCAUCUGGUACUACGAGGAGGGGCUCAUCAAAAACCAGGUUGCCCCCACCAUGAGCCUGCAGGUGAUUGGUGUGGCUGGGAAAGGCGCCAAGGUGGUGCUGUGGGCUGAGAGCCGAGUUCCCCGCCAGACCUGGAGAAUCGAUUCUUUCGGGCGGAUCUGUAGCCAGAUGUUCGAGGACAUGAUCCUGGAUGUGAAAGGGGGCAGACUGUAUGACCGAGAUCACGCCAUCCUCUGGGACGUGGCUGAGGAAAGACCCACGCAGAUCUGGGACAUACAAGUGCUCUAAGAGCUUACAUUCAGGCCUGGAUCCUGUUGAAGAUGCCACCAAGUGCCCCCAGCUCUUCCCAUGGUCUUUCUGGGUUAUGAAGGUUCCUUGCAAACUGAUUCAGAGGUGCUCCUACCAGAAAGUAUCCCCUGCCCUGGAAUGGAGCCUGGAUGGGCACAUCUCUGCACCCUCUCCUCUGCCUGCUGGCCAUUCUAGUGUUGUGACUACUCCAUUCAAACUUUCGUCAAUUCCAGGAUUGCCUGGCAGUGGAGGUGGCACUGACUGUCCUGUUUCAGCAUUCAGGGGCUCAUCAGGACCCACCUAAACUAUAGCGAAUCACCUGUGUAGUGCCAUGCGGUACCCGUGUGCACACAUGUUGUGAGUGCGUGCAAUGGGCCAUCUGGAGUCCUCAGGCUCCACGCCGGCUCUGGUGCGACUGAUUUAGGCUGUACAGCAAAGACUGAAACGCAGACUCCUGCCCUGUCAUGGCUUCUUAAGCCUCUGUGUUUAUGUGUGCGUCAGAUACGAUCCUUUUUCUAACACCAGCUCUCCGGCUGGGCGCUUGGCUUGUACCACCAGUCGCGCGCUAACAUAUUCGUUGAGUUGGUCUUUGAGAUGCCGCUCAACAG